GCCCUCAGUUUCUCAGCUGUAAAUUGUGAAGAGCAAUCUUUCAGUUGUUACAAGGAUCAAGCUCUUUAAAAAGGAAUAAGUCUGAUAAGUCUGCUUACUCAAAAGUAAGCCUCAGUGGACACAAUGGGGCUUGCUCCCAUGUGACUGGGUGCUGUUAGUUUCCAACCAACAGAUGCCACCCUGCAGUAGUAACACUCGUGUGUGCCUUCUCUCUAGGGAAUCUGUGGCAACAACAUUACUGGGAAGCCUUUUUGCUUUGCAGUGUGGACUUUGGGUGCUGAGGGGAAAUCGACCGUCGUCCCCACUGUGGUUGUUGCUGCAGCUGCCGCUGCUUCCCACUCCCGCCCUUUUGCAGCCCCUCGUCACAUGGGCGUAGCCGGGGGGGGGGGCGCAGCUGCAGCUGAUAAUAAAAAUAUCAAUUGCAUCGCAGAUAACUCUGCUCCCCGCACUAACAUAAAGCCUGCACCCCCUAAUAAAUCCCGGUUACGCCCAUGCCUCGUCCUCUCUCACUCGGGACUCUCCUUCUGGGCUUCUGUACCUUCCGGGCGCCACACGCAGAAAUGGACCUCGCCCGGGGGGGGGGGCAAAUCUCCACGUCCCUGCAUCUUCUAGUCGCGGGUGGGGGCGGGCCGGGGGUCGAAGCAACGACCAACCUGCACCUGUUGAAUUGCCACCUGUUAGCGCAGCAGUUUGAAGGGGCGGGAGCCACGUGUGAGGCGGUGCUGCCUAUGGCGGAGCCGAGCGGGGCUUGUAGGGCGUGGAGAGGAGAGAGCCGAAGGGGGUGUGUAGCCGGGACGAGGCUGCCGCAGCUGCGGGCGAGCGAGGGGCGGGGCCUGCCACCCCGGCAGCCGUUAAAGGAGCCCUCGCGCGAACGUCUCCCUCCUCCCCUUCGAAGAGGGAGCCACAAGGGCCGGGGCCACGAGGCGUGGCUUCUCGCUCCCCCCCCCCCCCACUGAGCCCUCACAGCUCAGUUAGCCGGAUUGGUUUAAAAAACUCCUCCACUCUUCGCAGGCUGUGUGUCGCGGGAAGGGGGGCGGCGGCGGCGGCGAACGAGAGCGUAGUCCCGCCCCGUCCGAAGCGUCGGGCUCUGCCAUAGGCGGGCGAUCCCGCGUGGGGGUUUCCAUGGCGACGAGUCGCUAGGCGCCGGGCUCGUGUGUGUGGGAGCCGAGCUCAGACCUAGCAGGGAGCCCCGGAGCGAGAAGCCGGGAGGGCCGAGGUCAGCGCCUGUCUGGACGGACGCGCGACGGGGCCACGCGAGCGGGGUCCCUGCUGAGGGCUGGAGCGGCUGCUCUGUCCCGCUUGCCCUCGAGGAGGGAAAGGUGGGCUGCGAGAAGAGGCGGCAAGCAAGCAAGCAGCUCUGGAGCGGGAGUUUCGUCCGCCCCACGCGCCAAGAAGCUCCUCUCCCGCCCUCAAGGUCCCAGGGGCGCAGGGGGCCGCCACCAGACUCCGGAGGAGGCCCAGCUCCGAGGGCAGGGAAGGUGUUCUGAGGGACGAGGAGCAGCAGGAGGUGGCGGCAGCAUCAGUUCCAGCCCUGGCAGGGGGAACCAUCGUCCAGCGAGCCCUGGUCCUAACCCCGGCAGGCCAGCCUGGUGGUGGGCAGGGACCUCGGUGGUUGCCAUGUCUCCUUGGAGCCCAGCGGGCAGAGGUGGUGGCCUUAGUCCUGCUAGCAGCAGCCUGCCUUGGCUAUGAGGAUGGGCAGUGGCGGGUCCUCAGGGAGGGAGGAGCGGCUGCCCUCAGCUGCCGAAGAGCAGCUGAGCGGCGGGGAUCAGAUGCUGGAGCUCUCCGGGCGCCACUUGAAGAAACUGCCCUUGCCAGUCUGUGCCCUGGGCACCCUGCAGAAGCUGUACAUCAGUGGCACGGGGAUAACGGAGCUGCCUGAGGAGAUCGAAGGGCUGCAGGAGCUGCGUAUCCUGGCCCUGGACUUCAACAAGCUGGAGGAAGUGCCCGAGGCCCUGUGUCGCCUGCCCAACCUGACCCGCCUCUAUCUGGGCAGCAACCGCCUCUUUGGGCUUCCCGCAGAAUUCUGCCAGCUCACCACUCUCCGUUGCCUGUGGAUCGAGAGCAACUACUUGUACCACUUCCCUCGGGUUUUGCUUCAGAUGCCUUGGCUGCAGUCCCUGCAGAUGGGAGACAACCGGCUCAAAACACUGCCCAACGGCCUGCCACGCAUGAGGGGACUUCGUGGGCUCUGGCUGUAUGGGAACCGCUUUGAGGAGUUCCCCAAGUCUUUGCUUCGCAUGACGCAGCUUCACAUCCUCGACCUUGACCGCAACAAGCUGACUGAAUUCCCUGACCUGAGCCACCUGCGGAGGCUUCGGCUCUUCUCCUACGACCACAAUCCAGUGGAAGCACCACCCAAUGUGGCUGACACAGUCCUGGUAGUGGGCGAAGGGGCUCAGGAGUUUCUGGAGGCUAGGGAGGAACGUCUCCAGGCCCUUCGGGAGCAGGAAGAAGAAGAAGAGCAGGAGGAGAAUGAGUCUGAAGUUCUGCAGGCCCAGAUGAAAAAUGACUCCUCCAUGUUGGAUGAUGGAGAGGGAAGUUACUGUGCCCAGGAAUGUUCUCCAGAGGAGACAUGAAAGGCUACAACAAUUAACAUGGCUGCUGCUGUAAAAAUAAAAAUCUGAUGGAUGUUGGUAGGCUUUUGGCUCUACUGCUUGACAGGGUAUUAGGAGCUGGGCAUGCACUAGGCUCAGGAGGAGCCACCAUCUCUGAGGCAGGUUGAUGGGACCUUGGCAAUCCCUUGUAAAGAACACAUGACAGCAACUCAUCAGAAGGCUUGCUGUCUUUUUUCUAUGUGGAGCCAUGCUUGACCCUAACCCAUAUAGCUAUAAUGCACUAUGGGUAACUUGUAAGCACCCUACCGAGUCCUAGGACACAAGGGAUGGGAAUAGGAGGUACUGUAUAGGAAAAAUUAUUCUCAUGAUGGAUCAUUUCCUUGCAUCAAAUCUUUGAAAUGCUAGUCCUUUUGACCCUCGCUCAAGAUAUGGGCAAUGGUCACAUCCUGGUGGAAAAGUACAACCUGCCUCUCUCUGGGCAGUAAUCACCUCCUUGGGCUUCCUGCAAAAUUCUGCCAGCCGAAGACUUGAAGUGACUUUCCUGUGCUGCUCUGAGAGUCUGGUGUAUCUUUGGGCGAUUCCUUUCUGGUUGUCUGGUAUGCUACAAUGAGUCUCAACAAGUCAGGAUAAAGCCAUUUUGUUCUCUCCCCUUCCUACCUAUUCUUACCCACCUUGAACUCUGAGCCCUGGAGGGCUACAGAGUUGAGUGUGUGAAUGUAACAUCUUUUUUCAUCCCAGGAUUUUUUUUAUCCUACUACUGGAAUUAGACUUGGAGAGAGAAACGUCCUUUGGACUGCUCCGUCCAGCUGUCAGGUUUGAGAAGAAGCUCAUGCGAAAGCUUUGUUUGUGCAGAGAGCUCCCGGUCCAGGAAAGAGCUUUGCCUCCAGUCUUUGUAUGGUGGGAAAGGAGGCUUGUGCCUUGCCCUGCUGCUUUUCCUGACUUUUUAUUCCCUUAAAAGGGCACAGAAGCAAAACUGGUAUGACCUGGGCCACUGCAGACUUCUUGUGGGUCUUGGGUGGAUGGGUGGCAGCCACAGAACUUUCCCCCCAUCUCGGAAGGUGGCAGGUUCAUUCUUGUGGGGGCUGUCAGGCUAGAUUUGUAUUAAAUCUAAGCAAUAAAAGCAUGUCUAAGAAGGGAGUAAGAACGGAGGAAUGUGGGGAGGGGGGCACAAAUUCUCAGGGAGGUUUCUCCAAAAGCAGGAGACCAAAGCUCUUGGGCGGCAUCAGGGGCUAUUUUUAAAGAGUAUUGUAAACAAAAUUAUAACACCUGGUGAAAGGAAGCAAUGUUCUCAGGCAUUCAUGUUGAGAUAUAUAUGUAUAUAAACGUCUUUUUCCUCUG